CCUGAGCCGUAGCCGGAGCGGCCGCACCGCUUGCCCUAGCGCCGGGGCCGCCACCGCGGGCACCCGCGCCCAGGGCGCGCACGGACCAUGGAGCGGACGGGCCCGGGCGCGGACGGCGGCGGCAGCAACAGCAGCAGCCGCAGCAGCAGCCGCGCCACCUCGGCUGGCUCGUCACCCUCCUGCUCGCUGGCGGCCCGGGGGGUCUCCAGCCGCUCGCCGGCUGCCGGCCUGGGUGGCGGAGGCAGCCGCAGCAGCCCGGGCUCCGUGGCCGCUAGCCCGUCCGGGGGAGGCGGCCGCCGGAGGGAGCCGGCGCUCGAGGGCGUGCUCAGCAAGUACACCAACCUCCUCCAGGGCUGGCAGAACAGGUACUUCGUGCUGGAUUUUGAGGCUGGCAUCCUGCAGUAUUUUGUGAAUGAGCAAAGCAAAUUCCAGAAGCCACGGGGAGCCCUGUCCUUAGCUGGAGCCAUCGUGUCCCUGAGCGAUGAAGCGCCCCACAUGCUGGUUGUGUACUCUGCUAACGGAGAGAUGUACAAGCUAAGAGCUCCUGAUGCAAAAGAGAAGCAGUACUGGGUGACUCAGCUCCGGGCGUGUGCCAAAUACCACAUGGAAACCAAUUCCAAGAGUACUCCAAGCUCCCGAAGCCGAAGUCUCACUUUGCUCCCCCAUGGAACACCCAAUUCUGCAUCUCCCUGUAGCCAGAGACACCUCAUUGCGGGGGCCCCCGGUGUUGUCACUAUCACGCAUCACAAGUCGCCUGCAGCUGCCAGAAGAGCCAAGAGUCAGAUUUCCGGCCAGCUUCACGAAGUCAGAGAGAUGAUGAACCAGGUGGAAGGACAGCAGAAGAACCUCGUGCACGCCAUCGAGUCCCUCCCAGGUUCGGGCCCCCUGACUGCCUUGGACCAGGAUCUGCUGCUCCUGAAAGCUACCUCAGCUGCGACCCUCAGCUGCCUCGGGGAAUGCCUCAGCUUACUGCAACAGAGUGUGCACCAGGUGGCGCAGCCCAGCCACAGGCCGGGGCCCUCAGAAAACAUCCUGGGAUGGCACGGGCCCAAGUCACAUUCCACAGAGCAGCUGAAAAAUGGGACCCUUGGCUCUUUGCCAUCAGCCAGUGCCAACAUCACCUGGGCCAUUUUACCAAACUCCGACGAAGACCACCGCCCCCUGCAGCCGGAGCCGGAGCCAAACUCAGACCCUGAACUGGUUUUAUCCGAAGAUGAAAAAAGUGACACUGAAGAUAAGGAAGAGACAGAGCUGGGGGUCAUGGAGGAGCAUCGCAGUAUAAUUCUUCAUCUCAUUUCACAACUCAAACUUGGAAUGGAUUUGACCAAGGUGGUGCUUCCCACGUUUAUCCUGGAGAAGAGGUCCCUGCUGGAGAUGUAUGCAGACUUCAUGGCGCACCCAGACCUGCUGCUGGCCGUCACCGCCGGAGCCACGCCCGAGGAGAGGGUCAUUUGCUUCGUGGAGUAUUAUCUCACCGCCUUCCACGAGGGCCGCAAGGGGGCCUUGGCUAAGAAGCCGUACAACCCCAUCAUCGGCGAGACAUUCCACUGCUCCUGGGAAGUUCCCAAGGACAAAGUCAAGUCCAGAAGGACUGCUUCCCCCCCUCCUGACGGUGGCCAUGACCACGCCGUGGCUGAUGACCCAUCCAAAAGCUACAAGUUGAGGUUUGUGGCCGAGCAGGUGUCCCAUCACCCCCCCAUCUCCUGCUUCUACUGUGAGUGUAAGGAGAAGAAACUGUGUGUCAACACUCAUGUAUGGACCAAGAGCAAGUUCAUGGGCAUGUCUGUGGGCGUCUCGAUGAUAGGAGAAGGCGUGCUGCGGCUCCUGGAGCACGGGGAGGACUAUGUGUUCACGCUGCCCAGCGCCUACGCCCGCUCCAUCCUCACCAUCCCCUGGGUGGAGCUCGGAGGGAAAGUGAGCAUCUGCUGUGCCAAGACUGGUUACUCGGCGACCGUGACCUUCCACACGAAGCCCUUCUACGGAGGGAAGGUCCACAGGGUCACCGCAGAAGUGAAGCACAACCCCACCAACACCAUCGUCUGUAAAGCCCACGGGGAGUGGAACGGGACCUUAGAGUUCACCUACAGCAACGGAGAGACCAAAGUCAUCGAUACCACCACGCUGCCAGUGUACCCCAAGAAGAUCAGGCCUCUGGAGAAGCAGGACCCCAUGGAGUCCAGGAACCUCUGGCGGGAGGUGACGCAGUGCCUGCGGCUGGGGGACAUCGAUGCGGCCACAGAGCAGAAGCGGCGGCUGGAGGAGCAGCAGCGGGCAGAGCAGCGGAAGCGGGAGAGCCUGUGUGUGGCCUGGAGGCCCAAGUACUUUGUGCAGGAGGGUGACGGCUGGGUCUACGUCAGUCCCCUCUGGAAGGCACACUGA